ACCCCUAAUUUGUUAUUUAUAUUGCCAAGGAGUUAUCGAUUAAAUUUUUCACCAAAGUAAACGAGAAUAUUUUGUCAUCUUUCUUUGAAACACGGAAAAAAUGCCUCGUAGAAAACCUACAGAAAAAUUGGGCACCUACGGUCAGUUCGAUUUAAAUCCCGAACGUGCCGUAGAGCGCUUCGUUGAAUCAAAAUUGCAAAACAAGUUUUACAUCAAACCACCUUAUUGGGACAUACCACGCGAAGGACUCGAAUUAUAUGCAAUUCAAAAUGAACGCGACCAUGGUGAAAUGUCCAAGCUGCAGGACAAUCUGCGUAAGCAAGCCCAAUCGGACGCUCGUGCCAAUGAGGAACGAAUUGCGGCAGUGUACAAAAUCAAAAAUGAACUUCGCGAACAAUUCAUUUCGGUGAAUGAUUUUAUUCGCGAAUGUGAACGGAAGAAAAGCGAAGCCGACGAAAAACUUGCGCUUGAGACGAAAAUCUGUGAUGAAAAGAAGACGGAAAUCCAGAAAAUUAGGAAGGAUUUGGUUGAGUUAUCUGAAUUCAAAGAUAGACUGGAAAAAUCGGUAGACGAGCUUAAACACUACAAGACUGUGUUUGAAGAGGUUGUAGCAGAAUCUGAGUACUUUGGCAACUUGCAGGAACUAAUCGAUCGAUGCGAUGCGCUAAUGAUCACACAAGUGGAGGUAACAGAAAUGGAAGAAAAAAAGAAACAAGAAAUCGAAGUCAUGAGAAAGAAAAUUGUCGAUGCGACAAACGAUGCUUCCCUAAUCAUAAUGGGAUUAAAUAAGGAACUUUCCGAUCUAGAGCAAUCUUACAAUGCGAGUCAAACCGAAAGCUUCAAGUGGAGCAAAGUGUUGGCCGUCUCAAAGGAUUGCAUCAAAGAUAAGGAGAGCACCACAACUCAACUGCUGGAUCAAAUUCAACAGCUGUACGCAUUAUUUUGUAAAAGGAGUGGCAUUCCGAUUGCGUUUGAACGUCAACAAGUCGAAAACCAAUUGGAUUAUAUCAAAGACGAAAUGAAAUAUCUUCAGGAUGUGAUCAAAUGUGCUGCAGACAUUAGUGAAAAUGAGGACAAAUCGAUUAUAGCACAGAAUGGAUCCAGUAAAAAAUAAAUGACCCACUGGAAUAUGUCGGCCCUGAUGUUUAA